AUGAAGCGCUUGAGCGCGUUGCCUUCUGGAUUACACGGAGCAGUACUGGUUAAGGACCCGAAAGCGGAAACGGGAACGAUGCUUGGGAAAAGAUUGACGAUCCAGGACCCGGCGAGCCAGCGACUGACGUGGUACAAGCCGCCACUGUCGGUGUUGGUCAUCAAGAAGGUGAGGGACGCCUCUGUGCUGCCGCCGUUUAUCCAGCUCGUCACCUGGCUCAUGACGGAGAAACGGAUGGUGGUGUGUGUGGAGUCGUCGGUCAUGGACGACCCGUUGCUGGCCAAGAACCCGGCCUUUGGCCACUUUCGAGACAAGCUCAUGACGUUUCGUGAGGGCAUCGACGACCUCACCGACAAGAUCGACUUCAUCAUCUGCCUCGGCGGCGACGGCACUUUGCUCUACGCCUCCUCGCUUUUCCAGCAAUCUGUACCACCAGUGAUGGCGUUUCAUCUGGGAUCCCUUGGGUUUUUGACGCCAUUUGAGUUUGAAAACUUCCAGGACCAAGUGCAUUAUGUAUUGGAAGGACAUGCAGCACUAACUCUUCGAAGCCGGUUGCGGUGCAUCAUAAUGCGUAAGGCAGACGAAGAGGAGCCGGUUGUUCCCGGAGUGACGCCCUCUAACGGCGCGAAGCUUAAGGAAAGCAACGCAGAUGUCGCUGCUGCCGGGAACGGCAGUAACCAUCACCACCACCACCACCAUCAUCAGCACCUCCACCAACACCAUCAUAACACUCAGCACCAGCAUCACAACCACGGCAGUCUGGGGAAGCACCACACGCACCAUCCUGCCAAGCCAGUGGCACCACCUCCGAAUAACCUCUUGGUGCUCAAUGAGGUCGUUAUUGAUCGUGGCCCAUCGCCGUAUUUGUGCAAUAUUGACCUGUUUCUGGACGGGAAACAAAUCACUUCUGUCCAGGGAGACGAUCAUGUUGAACAAGGACGCCAGGAAUACUGCGUGGGUCUCCUUCGAUGGUCGACACCAACAGGAAUUGAAGCAUGGAGACAGCUUGAGAGUGACGACGUCGAUUUACCCAGUGCCUUCGAUUUGCUCGCAAGACCAAAUCGCGGAUUGGUUCGAGUCCCUGGCUGAGUGUCUGCACUGGAACAUGCGCAAAAAGCAGCGCCAAUUCGACGAGUCCCUGUCUGACAAUUCGUACCCAGGGGAAAGAUCAUCAUCUUCGUCGUCGUCGUCGUCGGUGUCGUCAAUCGACGGAGAAAAUCCCGAUGACACUGACGGCGUGGUCCCGGCUACUGACGAGAAAGUUGAGAAUAACUGAUCCUUAUAUAUUGCCAAGCAAAACAAAACCGGGCUGGGUUUCACCAUGAAAGAAAGCACAACAACAGAAAACUUAACUACCGAGAAAUGUAUCAAGAUUACGAUCGAGUGAUUUCAUGCGAAGCAGCGUCUUCCAUAUUUUUUUUCCUUUCUUCGUCUUUUUUUUUUAUUAUUGCUGUUUCCCCCGAUGAAAUUGAGUGCUUGAUGUACAAAGUCGUGAGACUGAGCUUUCAAAUUUUUCUCUCUCCUGCUUUCAGAAAAAGUAUUUCUAAAACAAAAGAGAAUGAAAUCUGGGCGGGAACAAACUUCGGAGAAAUGUGGUGGAACAUAUGUACACGUCUUGUAAACGCGUUUUGGAUGCUUUAAGCUGAUGAUGAUUGUGAAGAUUUUUUUUUUUAAUGCAAAAAUUGUGAAUAUUUUUCUCCUUUCCGAAACAUUCCGCUUUGCUCAACUGCUGUAUAUUUCAAAUAAAGAUUUUUCCAUUUCCAUGCAA